AGUGAAUCUCGCGAAGAGCAGGAAGACACCGCCGCCAGAAGUCAAUCAUUUGCACUGCUUUCUGUCGACAUUUGAAAUUUUCCAAGUCACGACGGACAGGCUGAGUAAAGCAAGAAAACAAAGAGGAUGACGAUGAUGGCCGAAGAGGGUGAAGAGCAAUCAGAAGCUGGACGGGAGGACAUCUUUACGCUGCUGCUCGAGCCAGGAGAUGAAGCUGAGUUGUUGCUCUUCCUGACUGCCUCGCAGCAGUGGUUUAGCAGUUUAUCCGUGCCUCCAUCACGAAACGACUUCAAGACAUUCUUAGAAGGUGGUUAUGCCGAACUCCACCAUUCCUUACCAGCGCUUCCACCCGCAUAUACGUCGACAGGCCGCGCUGAUUCCGGUUCCGGUUCUCCGCCUUCUGGAAAAGCAACAUCACAGCAAAGAGGGGCUGCAUCCCCGAGUAGUCGAGAUGCGGUGCUGCAGCUGCUAGAGAGUCAACGGCGAUAUCUCGAGAAGAAUGUUCUUGGCACGUCUACUUCGUCCGCAUCAGCCGCGCAAGAGCACGACGAUGAAAGCUGGCGAAAUACCACUUUAGAGGCGUUCCUAGACGCCGCAACGGAUGUCUCGGGUUUCCGGAGUGGCCAUUACGAACCAAACUGGGGCUUCCUCUUGGAUUUCUUCCAGGAGGGACAACAAGCUGAAUGACGACUGGAAAAAAUCAAAUCUCUAGGUGUACUGUUGUUGUUCAACUAGCAAAAGUUUAGCACAGUUGGUUCAAAUUGAAGUGUUGAGUACUAGUAGUACAACCCUCUGAAGGACGAGGUUUAGCUAAAUCAUUAUCAUGUAAAUGAACGAUAGACGCAAGAACAAACUGUGAAUCGAAAUUUUCGGCUAUGACUGCUACUGCACAGGAGUCAUUCGUGCGACGUGAUGAACAAAAUGCGCAGGUGAAUCCCCGCUCUUGACUACAACGCGAGUGCGUCGUUUACAAAAAUAAAUUGACUCAGUUUGAUGAAGAAUCUAAAUUACAUAUGCAAAGGCACAGUCGGAGGUGCAUGGCAUCAAAUGCUAAGAAAACCACGAUCACCUCCUCUCUGUCUUGCUAUGAGGUAUUUUUCUAU